AUGACUUCCGUUCAGUCUGCGCCUGCAAUGCAGGCCAAUGUCCCCUCACUCCCGCCCAAUCUUUCCCAAGCCCAGGUGCAGGAAGUUUAUCAGAAAUUCCAGCGCAUGAAGGCCCAAAAUGUCCCCGAAAACGAUCCUGAGUACUUGAAGGCUUAUCGAUUUCUCACUGCUGUCCAGCAACAGCAGAAUUACCGCAAGUUGCAGGCUCAAAAGCAGGCACAACUCCAGGCCCAGCAAAUGCAGGCUGCCCAAAAAGCCCAACACCAGUCGCAACCACAGUUGAGCCAACAUCCCGGACUACAGGUCAAUGGAAAUGCCAACCCGCCGACCACAAAUGGGACCAGCAAUGGUCAACAACAAGACUCAGCAGGCGCGGUGGUCAACGGAGCGACCUCCUCCACGCCGAGCGCUACCCCCGGACCCAACUCAGAACAAGCUGUGGGUGCACAAGCGCAGCGCGCUCCUACCCAGUCGAGCGGCAGCUUCACAGCGGAACAGCUCAACUUAUUGAGAACCCAAAUCUACGCUUUUAAGACCCUGUCAAAGCAUCAGCCUUUGCAUCCUAGAAUACAGCAGCAACUCUUCCCCUCCCUGAAGCAACCGACUGCCGCGCCGACGGAUGGCGUCCCUUCCGGUGAUAAAGUGGCAGACGGUGCUGUUGAGGCGAAGGAGGACGGUGUUUCGACCGAAGUUGCUCGACCGAAAUCUUUCUUCGAAACGUAUCAGUCGCCGUACGACCUUCUCUUCAAGGCGAUCAGUUUCGCAGAUCAUGCUCAGCGAUCCAAGCGCCAGAAAAUCCCAAGCAUCCUGCCUAUUGGCCUCGACACAGAUCAAGUUCGAGAAGAGCAAGAACGACUGCUGUACAACCGUAUCCAAGCUCGAAAGGCUGAGUUGGCAGCACUCCCUGUCAACAUCGCGGCUUGGGAUACUAGUAAAUCUGUCGAACCCGUCGCUGAUGAUUCUCUUAAAGUCAAAGCAUUAAUCGAGUACAAGAAGCUGUGUUUGCUCCAGAAACAGCGAGACUUCCGCCGCGAAAUCCAGCAGGAACUUUUUUAUUACGACAACCUGGCAAUGUCAGCUAACCGAUCAAUGCACCGUCGGAUGAAGAAGCAGUCACUCCGUGAGGCACGCAUCACUGAGAAACUCGAGAAACAGCAACGCGAUGCCAGAGAGAACAAGGAAAGGACUCGACAAACGAACCACUUGCAGUCCAUUGUCUCUCACGCCCAAGAUAUCAAGAAUAAUGCCCUCGGUCAACGCUCGCGCAUUCAGAAGCUUGGUCGUAUGAUGGUUACUCAUCAUCAGCACAUGGAGCGUGAAGAACAGAAGCGCAUCGAACGAACCGCGAAGCAGCGUCUGCAGGCAUUGAGGGCCAACGACGAAGAGACAUACCUGAAGCUCCUCGGCCAGGCCAAAGAUUCUCGCAUUACACACCUUCUCAAGCAGACGGAUGGUUUCUUGAAGCAGCUGGCUGCCUCUGUCAGACAACAACAAAGAAGUGCAGCAGAGAAAUGGGGCGAAGACAAGUAUUUGGACGAGGAGGAUGAAGAGGAGGGCGACUCGGAAGAUGAGGAAGGACGUGGCAAGGUGGAUUACUAUGCCGUCGCUCAUCGAAUCAAGGAAGAGGUCAACGUCCAACCGUCAAUCCUGGUAGGAGGCACUUUGAAAGAGUACCAGCUCAAAGGUUUGCAGUGGAUGAUUUCACUGUUCAACAACAAUCUGAACGGUAUCUUGGCCGACGAAAUGGGUCUGGGAAAGACUAUCCAAACCAUCAGUUUGAUCACCUACCUGAUCGAGAAGAAGCGCCAAACCGGGCCAUUUUUGGUUAUUGUACCUCUCAGCACCCUCACCAACUGGAACUUGGAAUUUGAGAAAUGGGCCCCCUCUGUCAGUCGCAUCGUGUACAAAGGCCCGCCAAACAGCAGGAAGCAGCAACAAAUGAGGAUUCGACAAGGUAAUUUCCAGGUCUUGCUAACCACGUACGAAUAUGUCAUCAAAGACCGCCCUGUGUUGAGCAAGAUCAAAUGGGUGCACAUGAUCGUUGACGAAGGUCACCGUAUGAAGAACUCCCAGUCGAAGUUGAGCAGCACCAUCACUCAGUACUACACCACGAGAUACCGAUUGAUCUUGACCGGUACUCCGUUGCAAAACAACUUGCCCGAAUUGUGGGCCUUGCUCAAUUUCGUGUUGCCCACGAUCUUCAAAUCAGUCAAGUCUUUCGACGAAUGGUUCAACACUCCAUUUGCAAACACCGGCGGACAAGACAAGAUGGAGCUGAGCGAGGAAGAGCAGCUUCUGAUUAUUCGCCGCCUGCACAAGGUCUUGCGGCCUUUCUUGCUCCGUCGUCUCAAGAAAGACGUGGAGAAGGACCUUCCUGACAAGCAAGAACGAGUCAUCAAAUGUCGCUUCUCGGCUCUCCAGACCAAGCUUUAUAUGCAAUUGAUGACGCACAACCGACUGGCUGUAGCUGAUGGCAAGGGUGGCAAGACCAGCAUGCGCGGUCUCAGCAACAUGUUGAUGCAGCUGAGGAAACUGUGUAAUCACCCUUAUGUCUUUGAACCGGUGGAAGACCAGAUGAAUCCCGGCAGAGGGACGAACGAUUCCAUCUGGAGAACAUCUGGUAAAUUUGAGCUUCUCGACAGGAUCCUGCCCAAGUUCCGCGCCACCGGCCAUCGUGUGUUGAUGUUCUUCCAGAUGACUCAGAUCAUGAACAUCAUGGAGGAUUUCUUGCGGUACCGCGGCAUACAAUAUCUCCGACUUGACGGUGCCACCAAAGCUGAAGAUCGAUCUGAACUGCUGCGGGUAUUCAAUGAACCAGGAUCACCGUACUUCUGCUUUCUGUUGUCUACACGCGCAGGUGGUCUAGGCUUGAAUCUUCAAACAGCAGAUACCGUCAUCAUCUAUGACUCAGACUGGAACCCUCACCAGGACUUGCAGGCCCAGGACCGUGCUCAUCGUAUUGGACAGAAGAAUGAAGUGCGCAUUCUGCGUCUCAUCAGCUCGAACUCCGUGGAGGAGAAGAUUCUGGAACGCGCUCAAUUCAAGCUUGACAUGGACGGCAAGGUCAUCCAGGCCGGUAAAUUUGACAACAAAUCCACCAACGAAGAGCGAGAGGCGUUCCUCAAGACCUUGCUUGAAGCUGCAGAAGCCGCGGAACAAGUGGGGGAUUCGGAGGAAAUGGACGACGACGACCUGAACGAGAUCAUGGCUCGCACGGAAGAUGAGUUGGUCUUGUUCAAGAAAAUGGACAAGGACCGUGAAGAGACCGACCAGUAUGGGCCCGGGCGACCCCUUGCACGUUUGAUGGAAGAGAGCGAGCUGCCCGACAUCUACGUGGCUGAAGACAAUCCGGUUCAAGAAGAAGUCGAAGAGUACACUGGUCGCGGUGCCCGUGUCAAAACACAAGUCAAAUAUGACGACGGUCUUACUGAAGAACAAUGGCUUGCCGCAGUUGACGAUUCAGACGAUUCGAUUGGUGAGGCGGCCAAACGCAAACAGGCGCGGAUUGAGAAGAGACGCACCAACAAACUCAAACGCGAGCGCGAAGCCGCUGGCGGUGCAUCGUCGCCGGAGCCGGAACAGGAGAGCUCUGAAGAGGAGCCUCCCCCGAAGAAGAAGGGCCCUGGACGGAAGUCAGCGGGACAGAAGCGCAAAGCCGAGGAGAUUGAGGAGGAGACACCAGCAACCAAGCGGAAGAGAGGGAAGCAAGGCAACAAGCCUGCUGUCGACUCGCUGAGCAGUUCGGAGCGGUCAGCCCUCCAAAAAGCUCUCAAGGCUGUGUUUGCGUCUAUCAAGGCCCUCGAGGUACCGGACUCGGAGUCGGAGCAGCAAUCUGAGGAUGAGAGCGACGACGAACCGCCCACCAGAUUGAUCAUCGGACCGUUCCUCGAGCUGCCGCCGAAGAAAGUAUAUCCGGAUUAUUACAGCUUCAUCACGGAACCCAUUGCCAUGGACAUUAUUGAGAAACGUAUCAACAGCCACCAAUAUACCAGCCUCAAGGAAUUUCAGAGUGAUAUUGCGCUCCUGGCGAAGAACGCCAAGACGUACAACGAGGACGGUAGUAUGCUGUACAACGAUGCAAUUGCCAUUGAGAACCACUGCAACGAGAUGGUAGCCAAAUACAUUGCAGAAAACCCGAUCCUCGGAGAUCGAGGGUUUGCAGACGGCGAUUCCACUGCAGCCGGCUCUGCUGCGGGAACGCCUCGAGCAUCCGUGGCACCAGCUGGCGGGACAAAGCUGAGACUAACAUUGGGCUCCAGCAGUAAUGGGGUUGCGACUAAUGGUACUACCAGCGGAGCAGCGAGCGGAGCGGAAUGA